GCCCGAGGUGUCGAAAAUGGCUGCCUCUGGCAGUCAAAGCUUGUCUGCCGGCUCGACUACGAGAGCGUUUGCACAAAAACUAAACAAAUUUCGGCGUAAUGGAUCGGCGACUUUCAGCACUCAAUCAAGUACAAGGUCACAAUCGUCAACUUCGAGUUCCUUUAUUCAUCUUGCGGCCGGAACGACUCCUCUAAAUGAAGUUGUGGAACCUCCUGACUUUGAAGAUCUUUUGUUGCAAAAUCAACCUUUCAAUGAAAAUGACCCAAAGAGUAAGAUGCUCGAGUUCCCUGACGAUGACAUAGAAGUGACCACAAUUCCAAGACAAUGUCGCACUGUCAAGCCAUGCUUUCCCAAGGAUACUGGAGCUGAGAACAAUCCACUACUAAAAGACUGCAUUCAUUGUUACACUUCAGAUUGGGCGAUAGUUAAUCGAAGGUAUCAGUUCCGUUGUUCUGAUGAAGGAAGACCAGAUUCAAGGCGUAGAAUAGCACGAACGUCCAGCUUUGUGAGAACACUUCCUACCCAGCUUUAUGAAAUUGAUGAAAAAGGAAAACUUGCAGAUCAGGGAAAGAGUGAAGCACAGCAAAAAGUAUCACAGCAGUCAGGCAAAGGACAGGAUGAGUUACCUCGAGGUAGCUGGGCAUCAAGCAUAUUUGACUUGCAGAUGAGUAAUCCUGAUCCACUUCUGCCAUCUCUUCUUGAACGCACUCCAGCUGAUGAGUUGGACUUGGCUAAUCAAGAAGACCGUCAACUUCACAGGAUGCACUCCUUAUUUUCUAUUUAUCCUAUUCAGCAGGAAGAAGGAAUAGAAAAGAGGAUUCCUGCCACCAUCCCUCAAGAGCAUUUUGGACAAAGAAUUCUGAUUAAAUGUCUUCAACUAAAGCUUGAUUUAGAGGUGGAGCCAAUAUUUGCAUCAAUGGCUCUCUAUGACGGAAGAGUCAAGAAAAAGAUUUCUGAGAAUUUUUACUUUGACAUGAACAGUGAAUGGUGCAAGAAGCUAGUGGAGGAGCAGAACCCUCGUGUGGAUAUUUCCACUCUCAGUCGUUCAGCAGUAUUUUCCAUUACCUACCCCUCCACUGAUGUGUUCCUUGUCAUCAAGCUUGAAAAAGUUCUACAACAGGGUGACAUUAGUGAAUGUGCAGAGCCGUAUAUGAAGGACACAGAAAACCCUAAGCAUAAAGACAAAAUGCGAACAGCUGCUGUGUUAAACUGUGAGAGGCUUGGCAAGUAUCGCAUGCCUUUUGCGUGGACUGCAAUCCAUCUUAUAGACAUCAUAAGUGGAAACAAAGAUGGCAUUGAUCCAUUGGCAGCAACACCAACACCUGCAUCACAAGAAAAAGACACUUCUUCGGCUGGGACUUCUGUGCGCAGGCAGCAAUCUGGAAUGGCAGAAACACCACCUGUUGUGCCAAGAGGCAGCCGACGGAAGGACAGUGAAAGUGCCUCCAGCAGAAGUUCAGUGAUUGAGGCGCGCAAGUCGAUACAUCUGGCAGAUAUCAGUGAAUUUGAAGUUACUCCUGACUUGACAAACUUCAGGCCUGUUACACUUACUGUCAGUAGCUUUUUUAAACAGGAAUCUGAUAAACUAAAAGAUGAUGACUUGUAUAAAUUCUUGGCUGACCUCAAGAGACCCUCUUCAGUAUUAAAGCGUCUGAAGUGCAUACCAGGAACCUUGAAGCUUGACAUCUCCCCACCUGGGGACAAACCACCAUACUGCUUAACUUCUGAGUUACAUCAGGUACAUCCAUAUCCAGAUGGGAAAGCAAGACCAACCAAAGAGAUAGAGGAGUUUGCACCCAAAGAAGUGUUUGCACCAUAUCUUACAUUCAAGAACCUUAUGUAUGUGUACCCUCUGAGUGUCAAUUACACCAGUCGCAGCACAUCUGCCAGGAAUAUUGCAGUCAGAGUACAAUUCAUGGAUGGUGAAGACUUUGAUGCUUCUGCGCUAGAAUGUGUGUUUGGCAAGUCAAGUGGUGCUGCUAUGCAGAAAGAUGCCUGGUCACCAGUAACUUACCACAAUAAGUGCCCGGACUUCUAUGAAGAAGUGAAGAUCAAAUUACCAGCAAAUCUCACAGAUCAACAUCACCUGCUGUUCACAUUUUAUCACAUCAGCUGCUCAACUGGGAAGAAGCUUGAAGAGAAGGGACCGGUUGAAACACCCAUAGGAUAUACAUGGAUCCCUGCAAUAAAGGAAGGCCGUCUAAAUCUGGGCGAAUUCCAUCUUCCUGUUUCUUUGGAAAAGCCACCUACAAGUUACAGUGUGUUGUCACCAGAAGUGCAACUUCCCGGUAUGAAAUGGUUAGAGAGCCAUAAGGGUGUAUUUCAUGUUGCCGUCAGGGCUGUCUCUUCCAUUUACACACAGGAUAUUCCCAUUCAUAAAUUUCUAAAGAUCUGUCACCAGAUCGAAGGACGUGUUGCAUCAUCACCAACUCGUACCUCAGAGGGAAACCUGGAAUCUGUUUUGCGAAAAAGCAUAGUUGACUUGUCCAAGGCAAGAGAAGAACCUCUUGUGAGGUUCUUGUACCUGAUUCUGGAUAAGCUUAUUUUGCUGCUCGUCAGACCACCAAUAAUUUCAGGGACUGUAGUAAACAUUGGACAAUCAGCUUUUGAGUCGUUAACGCAGAUUGUCCAUCGACUUCAUGUGCUGUUAGAGAACAGCCAGGAUGAACACGGCCGUAAUCAGCUGCUGGCUUCAUACAUCACUUAUGUCUUCUCUGCUCCUUACAAUCACUCUCCACCAUCAUCACCUGAUCAUUAUGCAGAACCAUCACGUUCAGCGAGUAUACCAGUUGGGCUACAAAGUAAAGCAAGACAGAAGAUGUCAAGCAGUAAUCCUCAGCUGAACUCAGCGGAUGAGCAGCAACCUUCAUAUACAACUGGAAAGUGGGUGGAUGAGGAAGAGGAACCAAGGAUGGCUGAGGUGAUGAACUUGCCUGGCAACAGGAGCAGUAUGGCAGAGUCUCGUCCCAGCUCCCUGGCUGUUCCUGGUCUUGUUCUUGGCAGCAGUAAUAACAGGAAGCUGGUGCAUGAGGAGUUGGCUUUGCAAUGGGCUGUGGCUUCUGGACCUGUCAGAGAACUAGCAAUGGGUCAUGCUUGGUUCUUUUUUGAUCUGAUGUUUAAGAGUAUGGCACAAUACCUGGAAAACACAGAUAAGUUUUUCUGGACAAGAAAAAGCAGGUUUCCUGAUCAGUUUUUAGGUGACAUACGUGCUAUGGUCAAUUCUACAGUUUCUGAGAUCACUGGCAAGCUUGAGGAUUUUACCCUCUGCCGGCGGCUGAACUCCAGUUUAGCCUUCUUCUUGUACGAUCUUUUGUCCUUGAUCGACAGAGGCUUUGUGUAUGAGCUUAUCAGGCAUUACUUUAGAGAGAUGCAUUAUCAAGCCACCAAUGAGACCAAUGAGCCAGCGGUGAACCAGCUAAGACUCGAGUUCCUGAGGAUCGUUUGCAGCCAUGAGCACUACGUGACACUUAAUUUGCCAUUCCCAUGUCCCCUCUUCCCCACUCCUCCCUCAUCACCUACAGCUUCUGUCUCGUCAAUCGACUCGGCCAUGUCUACCUACACCUUAGUGAUCGGCAACAGUAUGGCGGAACUUUCAACACCUUUUAGACAGCAGCAUUUCCUGGCUGGUCUGGUGCUAUCUGAACUGGCUCUGGCUUUGGAAGGAGGGGACAUGACCAUAAUAUGCCAAGCUAUAGACACCACACGUGAUCUGAUAGCCUGUCAUGACUCAGACACCCGCUAUGAUAACGUCUCCUGUCGCUCAGCCGUGGCGGCUCUCUAUCUACCCAUUGCUGGACUGGUGGUAGGAGCCUUACACCAGCUACAUGGGUAUGGUACCAAGGACAACUUCAGCUUCACCCCUGAUGUUGCCAUGGCUAUAGCCACGUCCAGUGUAUCAACCUUAAAGGGAUCUGAUGACAGCAGGAGUGAAUUUUCAUCGCAGAAAAGUAAACCACAGCAGCUGAGCCUCGAAGCUACCAGAAACCUGUUGGUAUGUCUGUUGUGGGUGCUGAAGAACAUGGCUAGUGACGUGCUAAGAGAUUGGUGGGCUGACCAACAACCUGCUAAACUUGGCUUGCUGCUGGACGUUCUUCGGCUGUGCAUCACUCUGUUUGAAUAUGGCGGCAAGGUGCAGAAGUCUUCACAGUUUCAAACUGUGCCAAGACCGAAGGCGCAGCAGGAUGCAAAAGCAAAAAUAGAAGAGAUGUUACUUGGAAAUAAAGGAGCCGCGAGAGAAAUGAUGCAGCGACAUAGCAGAGUGCAGUUAGAAAAAGGCCAGUCACCAACCCCUGAGGCUCGAUUAAGAUGGCGAAAGGAUCAAACACAAUGGAGACAGGCUACGGAACAACAAGACAGAGUGCGUCCUGAAGUUGAGGUCAAUGCUCAAAUCGAAGGAGGGCUUGCUGCUGAAGUCAGCACCAUUGUUCUUGAUACACUUGAGCACUUGGUACAGACCGUGUCUUCCUCAGAGUCUCUUCGUGUUGUAUUGAGUGGAAUCCUGCGGGUUUUACUCCAUUCUUUGAGCUACAACCAGAGUGAAAGGGUCUUGCAGAACAUAUUUGCGACUCAAAGAUCAAUUGUCUAUAAGUUCCCGGAGCUAUUGUUUGAAGAUGACACAGAGCUUUGUGCAGACUUGUGUUCCAGACUCCUAAACCAUUGCAGCUCGGCUCUUAGUAGUAUUCGGGCUCAGGCCAGCGCGUCACUCUAUCUCCUCAUGCGACAGAAUUUUGAAAUAGGAAAUAAUUUUGCAAGGGUCAAGAUGCAAGUUACAAUGUCACUUUCCAGUCUCGUUGGCACUUCACAAGCAUUUAAUGAAGAUCACCUCCGUCGGUCAUUGAAAACAAUCAUUACUUACGCUGAAUCAGACCAGGAGCUGCGAACGAGCACUUUUCCGGAUCAGGUGCGGGAGUUGGUGUUCAAUCUUCACAUGAUUCUGUCGGACACAGUCAAGAUGAAAGAGUUUCAAGAGGAUCCAGAAAUGUUGAUUGACUUGAUGUACAGGAUUGCCAAAGGAUAUCAAAAUUCACCUGAUUUACGACUGACGUGGCUGUGCAACAUGGCUACCAAACACGGCGAGAAUAAAGUGGAGGCAGCCAUGUGUCUGGUACACACAGCAGGUUUAGUUUCUGAGUACCUGAGUAUGUUGGAAGACAAGCCGCACUUACCUAUUGGAUGCGUUUCGUUUGAGAAGAUAUCCCCCAAUGUGCUGGAAGAAAGCGCUAUUUCAGAUGAUGUAGUAUCACCUGAUGAGGAGGGUAUUUGCACUGGGAAGUACUUCUGCGAGAAUGGAUUGGUAUCUUUACUCGAAUCAGCUGCAAACACGUUUUUUCGAUCUCAUUUAUUUGAAUGUGUAAAUGAGGUGUAUAAACUGCUGAUCCCGAUUCUAGAAGCAAAACGUGAUUAUAAGAAGCUGACUCAGGUUCAUCAGAGGCUUUCAGAAGCAUUCGGCAAGAUUAUACAGACGGAAGGAAAGCGUAUGUUGGGAACAUACUUCCGAGUCGGUUUUUAUGGAUCUAAAUUUGGAGAUUUGGACGGAGAGGAGUACAUUUACAAAGAACCCGCCAUCACGAAGCUUCCUGAAGUGUCCCAUCGUUUGCAGGCAUUUUAUGGAGACAAGUUCGGGCAUAAUGUUUUGGAAGUAAUCAAAGAUUCCAACGCAGUUGAACAAGACAAGCUGAAUCCAGAAAAAGCUUACAUCCAACUUACCUAUGUGGACCCAUAUUUUGACGAAUAUGAAUUGAAGGAUCGUAUUACCUAUUUUGACAAGAAUUUCAACUUAAGAAGAUUUAUGUACGAAACUCCUUUCACACCGAGCGGAAAACCUCAUGGUGAACUGGUCACCCAGUACAAGAGAAAGACGAUUUUGACUGCUGCCAACUCAUUCCCGUAUGUCAAGACACGAGUCAAUGUUGUGCAUCGUGAACAGAUUGUGUUGAGUCCCAUUGAAGUCGCCAUCGAGGAUAUGGAACUAAGGACGAAAGAGCUUCUUAACGCAAUCAAUCAAGAACCACCAAACCCCAAGAUGCUUCAGAUGGUGUUACAAGGUUCUAUUGGCACCACUGUUAAUCAGGGUCCUCUAGAGAUUGCUUUGGUAUUCCUGUGUCACGAUCAGGACGCUGAAGAUGGCGGGGAAACGCCAAUGAUCACGAGACACCAUCACAGACUCAGACUCUGUUUCAAAGAGUUUAUCAAAAGGUGCGGAGACGCUCUGCAAAGGAACAAGCAGCUUAUCGCAUCUGAUCAACGUGCCUAUCAGAAAGAACUGGAGAAGAAUUUUACACAGCUCACCGAACAACUCGAACCUCUCUUGAGAAACAAGUCUGGCACCUUACGUGGAUCCACCAGGCAGAAGGAAGGAUCUGCACUGCUGAGGAAAAUCUCCAAGAGUUUUAAUACAGGACACAGUAUAGCUUAACUCAAAAUCCGUUGCAGAGCCUAAUCUUUGCCGAGUCAAUUUUGUAUGUUCAAGAAGUUGGAAUUGAUUGAUUGAUGGAAUGAUUAAUGGAUUUAAUACUAUACAGACUGUGAACCUCCUAUUUGUGAAAUUCUUUUGAAGUCGGUUGUGCGAAAAAUUCGCAAAAAAGCAAAAACUUUUAUCUUUUUUAUGGGGGCCAUAAAGAGCUUCUUGAUAUUCAAAGAUCCAUGUAAAUUUAGGACAUUGGCCACCGAAUAUUUUCCCAAUCAUAAGAUGUGUUUUGUACUUCGUGUGAUCAUCAUAGAAAGGUAAAAGAGACAGGUGUUAGCUUAAUGUGCCAACAAUCCUGCCCAAAACGUUUGGAGAACACAUAUCCCUUUUUCCAAGUCCGUCCCGUGUAUCAUGAGCAAGUUACGUUCAUUUUCCACCCACGAAAGUAGACUUGUCAAUAUUUCCUCCCUCCCUGUGUUUAAUAUUGUCCAGGGUUGAAGGGGUGUGUUCAUGGUAUUAGUAUUUACCAGAUGUAACGAUAGUGCCCAGACAUUUUUGGCAAGAUUGUAAGCUUUUAUUAGAAAACAAUUUAUUGUGAAUAUUGUACAGGAACAUGAAAGUAAACAAUUUUUUUUUGGUUCAAAAAGAAUAUUCUUUAAUUUCUUAUGUAUUUGCAGAAUAACAACUAAUAAGGCUAGACAAUAUAUUAUAUGCACAACAUGCCAGCUCCACACAGAGACAUGAUGAAUGUUGGAACGAAUUUGCAAUGAUUUUGCUGGUUUUGUUUUGCUUUUUUUUGAAAUGUGAAACGAGGUGUGGACGGAGAAAUGGAAAGUGCUUUGGUGGAUCAACUUUAUU